UUCUGUGGAUUAGGAAGAAACAGAAUAGUGACACCUGCAAAUUGUGAACUGCUAUCAGGCAUAACCACAGCUGAAGUACGCUACUGUAUUUCUGGACAAAUAAACACGCUAUAGGAGAUGCAACAUCUGUUUUAUGACUGAGUCUAAAACUGACAGUAAAGAUGUUUUUGGUGUUAAGUUCCACAGUGUGUGUGUGUGUGUGUGUGUGUGUGUGUAUAUAUAUGUAUCGUCACUGAAAUUACAUAAUUGCUGGUUGCAUAACUAUCAGUUGAACACUUAAAUCAGAAAUUCCCUUAAGUGACCUGGUGGUUUUUAUCGCAAGGUCUUGCUGUUGCUUUCAGCCAUAUGGCUCCUUCCCAGAACAGUUUUGCCUUUUACUUUCCUGACCUUGAGAAAGUUGGGAAUGUAAAAUGCCAGACAGGUGUAUAAAAGGAGUUUCAGUGUGGGCUUUCUCUUACAUUCAACGACCAUGAAGGCCCUGGUAUUCCUUGCUCUGCUUGGAGCAGCGUGUAAGAGACUAACAAAUUUUAUUCUUCUUUUCUGUUUUUGAAAUAUAAAUGUGGUAAAUUUAUUCUAAUGCACUUGUUUCAUUACUAUAAAAGUUUAUUCAAGUUCCACUCUGUUAUAUUUUCUGGAGAUUUUUUUGUUUUUGUUUUUUUGAGUGUUCCUAGGGGUUUUUCCACAUGUCAUAUUAUACAUUUUUUGCUGUUUCAGUUGCUGCAGCUGAGGAUGAUAAGAUUGUUGGAGGGUAUGAGUGUCCCAAACACUCUGUCCAAUACCAGGUGUCUCUGAACGCUGGAUACCACUUCUGUGGUGGAUCCCUCAUCUCCAGCCAGUGGGUGGUGUCCGCUGCUCACUGCUACAAGUCUCGUAUCCAGGUCCGUCUUGGUGAGCACAACAUCGCUGUGAAUGAGGGCACCGAGCAGUGGAUUGAUGGCGCCAAGAUGAUCAAGCACCCACAGUACAACAGCUACAACCUGGACAACGACAUCAUGCUGAUCAAACUGAGCCGCCCCGCCACCCUCAACAGCUACGUCCAGACUGUGGCCCUGCCCACUCGCUGCCCCGUGGCCGACGAAAACUGCCUGGUGUCCGGGUGGGGAAACAUGUCCGCCAACGGCAGCAACUUCCCCGACAGGCUGCAGUGCCUGAGGCAGCCCAUCAUCGAUGACAGGAUCUGCAGGAACGCCUACCCCCACCUCUUCACCCAGAACAUGGUUUGCUCCGGAUUCAUGCAAGGAGGCGCCAGCAGCUGCCAAGGAGACUCCGGUGGUCCUCUGGUGUGUAAUAGUCAGCUGCAGGGAGUCGUGUCCUGGGGGUAUGACUGUGCCAUGCAGGGACACCCCAGUGUCUACGCCCGUGUGUGCCGCUACAACAGCUGGAUCAGCACUGUUAUGCGAAACAACUAAAGACACACAGUCACCCAUACAUCCACAUGCAAGCUAACACUACAACACCAUAUUCAGUAUUCAGACUCAGUUUAAUCAGAACACCUUCUGUAUUAUCAUGUCAUUCAUAUACAUCUCAUAAAUAAAAUGUUUGAGCAUAAUAUUCUGUAACCAACACUGAAGACAAAGAAUUGAAUAAAUUAAUAAAAAUAUA